CCACCGAGACCCAAAGACUCAAGGAACACGAUGGCGCCUCCUGGCUCGGCCCCAUCUGGUAGUUGCGGCGCCGGCAGCAGCUUAGAGAUGACGCGGAGGUCGGGGCGAUCACGUCCCGGCCCCUCUGUUCGCCUGACUGCGCUGCGCGACAAGAAACAACCCGACCUUGAGCUGCCUUCUGGCUGGCCCGGCCUCUUUUUGGCCCGCAUGGCGCCGCCUUCGCCGCCUCCUCAUCUGCACACGUACUUGAUCCGCCUUUGGCAAUCCGGGAUGCCCCCUUGGAGUGCUUAGCUGCGGCAGGCUCGCGCUCGCGCCAGCGCACCCGCAAACCACCACACCCAUGCUCACUAGUUACUCUCGCGGCUGCAGCUUCAGCUCUCCUCCAUCCCGGCCUCUUUUCCCCCUUUGGAUGCCAACCCCUCUGCCUGCGGCGCCGUCUUCCUUCUUUCGGGUGUUUGCAGACAGGAUACCACGUCAAAAGCCAGAAUCCCAAACCACUGACCAGUAGCCUCCCACACCUCCUGACGGCUCCCGACCUCUUGAUGAUUCUAAAAG